AUGCAACCGAAGCCGAAGAAAUCUUGGGGCGAUGCGGCUGUGUGGAAACGGGCGGUCGCUGUUGACAUCGCUGCUACACGGCCUCUCAAGAAACGGACAUCAACCAGCCUUUUUGUUGGAGCUGACGAAGACUCGGUACGCCAGGACGGACCUUCCCCAAGUUUUAGCUAUCCAGGUACCACAGAACUUCAGUGUUUCGACCUUCCAGAGCAAGCUGAGAUGCAUGCUACUACUGAACCUAUCUCGAAACACCAAGCCACUCAAGUAGAUGUUCACAGCAGCAUUUCGGUUUUGGAACGCCGGAAAUUGCGACGUAAGGAGCGCGAUUUAAAGGGACAGAUACAGCGGCUGCGACAAACUGUCGAUAAAUACAAAGAAGAACUCAAGCAACUAAAAGAAGAUUGCAAUUUGACUGCUUUUGUCAAAGUACUUGAAGCAGCACAAGAAAAACAUGUAGGAGCCUGCAUCCUUGUUGACCAGGUGACUAACUUCUCCAAAGUCAGGCCUACAUACUCUGAAGUUACAGUUCGUAACUGCAUUGUCUUACGAAAUUUAUCAGCAAAAGCUUAUGAAUUCAUAAGAAGUAAGAAUCUCCUGAAGCUUCCAAGCCGAGCGACCUUGCAGAGGUUUCUGGGAGUGACGACUGGUGAAGUGGGAUUCACAAGUCUUGUGAAAGAGCGCCUCAAAGCAGAACUGGAAAAUCUGAACACGCAGCCACAGCAAGCAAAAGUGUGCUCACUCGUUGUUGACGAAAUGAGGAUACGACAACGCCUCCAAUACAACAAGCAAAGAGACACCUUUGUUGGAGAAGUUGACUUGGGUCAGGAUUUUGGAACUCCAACGAAAGGUGAACCAGUCCUGGCAAAUUCAUUGUUGUGCUUUGUUUUGACGGGACUCUCUGUGCGCAUUCGAAUACCUGUGGGGUAUUUUUUCACAAAGAACUGCACUGGCCAGCAGCUGUUCACACUGAUGAAAUAUGUUCUAAAGGAAGUGGAGACAGCCGGAUUCUUGGUAGCACGCAUAGUCACAGACAACCAUAAAAUUAAUGUCCUCGCUUUGGAGCUGCUUUGCAAUGGGAAACUAGAGCAUUCUAUAAAGCAUCCUGAAGAUCCUGCCCGAAGGCUGUUCGUUGCCUUUGACCAGUGCCACCUUAUAAAGAAUAUCAGGUCGCAGUUCUUGGCCCGAGACAUCGGCAAAAAUGGUGAAGUUACAUCCUCUCAUGUGAAAAGCCUAUACAAGAUGCAACAGGGGAGCGUCAUCAAACCUGUGCGAUUCCUUACGAGGAAGCAUGUUUAUCCGUCCAAUAUUGAAGCAAUGAAUGUGCACAGAGCUGUUCAGGUUCUGUCACCAGAAGUGACAGCAGCGUUGAAGCUGUUGCAGGAGCAAGCUGGACACACAUGUGACAUCACCUUUGCUGAAGCAGGUCCAACAAUCGAGUUCAUGGACACAAUGCACCGGUGGUUCAUAUUGAUGGACGUGAGUAACUGUACGCAACACAUACACAAAAACAUGCCAGACAGCAAGCAGUACGAGUCUGCUGCUGAUGAGCGCCUUGUGUGGCUCACCUCAUCCUUCUUGCAAUAUCUUGAAGAUUUGAAACGUGAAUGCCAACCGAAGCAGUUCCUAACUAAGGAAACUUAUCACGCACUUGUGUUAACAACUAAAUCCAAUGUUGAAUGCAUUAGAUACCUGCUAGAGGUAGCCUCCUUCAAAUUUGUGCUCACAAGGAAAUUCUCAUCUGACCCUGUUGAGUCCUUUUUUGGAUGGUUAAGAAGGUCAGCAGGUAGCAAUGACCAGACUGAUGCUCAGGCUGUUUUGUCUGGUGUCGAAAAGGCCUUGAAAACUGGAAUAAUUUCUGUUUCAAAAACCAGUAAUGUAGUGGAUGCAUCAAGCCAUGCCUCAGAUGGACUUAAAGCUGCAAGCAAGCCGAAAGAAGAGCAAGCUAGUCAGUUUCCAGUCGAAGCUAAGAAACUUCUUGAAGACCUUCUAAGAAGUCCUGCAAGCUUGCUUCCGACUGUGGACACUGCAGCACUUGCUAUGGUUGGAGGCUAUGUGGCUCGUGUCGUACAAGAGAAGAUUGCUUGUAGCACCUGCAUUUCAGUUGUCACAAAGCCAGCAUCCUCAUCCCCAAUUGACAGUCUGAUCAGGCAUCAAGACAGAGUCCCCAUCCACCUGAGCAGCGCGGUUUGA